AUGAGCACAGACAUGAGCGCAAAGAAGGCGCUCAGCGAAGCGGCCACGGCGGUGGCCAGCAGCUUCCAGCUGCCACAUGCAACUAUCCGGGCACAUCGAUCGGCGACUCGGGGCCACUCCAACCACGGAUGGCUAAACACAUACCACUCCUUCUCGUUUGCCGACUGGUACAACCCCGAGUUCAUGGGGUUCGGGUCGCUGCGGGUGCUCAACGAGGACACGGUGCAGCCGCAGUCAGGCUUCCCGACACAUCCUCACCGCGACUUUGAGAUAUUCUCGUACGUGCUGUCGGGCGAGCUGACGCACCGCGACUCGAUGGUCAAGCGCGGCCAGGAAGCAGCAGCCGGCGGCGACCGGUUUUUCCGGGUGCGGCGCGGCGACGUGCAGUUCACGACGGGUGGCACAGGCAUCGCGCACAGCGAGUUCAACGAGCACGCUGCCGACCCGGUGCACUUUCUCCAGAUCUGGGCGGUGCCAUGGAAACGCGGCCUGCAGCCGACAUACCACAACCAGCAUUUUCCCACCGAGGCCAAACAGGCCGGCGGCGGUACAUUUGUGCCUAUUCUAAGUCCGCUGGCCGCUGGCCCAGACGCUUCGGCAGCCGAGGAGGCUGCGGCCGUGCCAGUACUUCCUGGAACCAUUCCGAUCCACGCCGACUUUGCCAUGGGUGCCGCUCUUGUGGCGCCGUCCAAGACGGCCACCUGGACCGUUGGCCUCGGCGCGGCCGGUGUUGUCACCAAGGCGGCCCGGCGCAAGGUUUUUGUGCAUCUGCCCAAGACAACGACCAACACGGCGCUCGGGCAUGCGGCCAAGAAGCCCGGCGAGGGUGCGCGCAUCCGCAUCGCAGAUCGCGACGAUGCUGGCGCCGUGUUGGACGAGGGCGAUGGCGCAUUUGUGGACCAGCUGGUCGCCGGCGACCAGUUGACGGUCGAGAACAUCGGCACGGCCGAGGCCGAGGUAAUCGUGCUGGACACGGCAUGA